AGGACUCCAGCACCAUGGCGGCCCCCCUCAGGCUGUUGCUUGUGGCUAUGCUCCUUCUGGGGGCAGUCCUGCAGCAGGUGCAUGCAGCACGAGCCACCAACGUGGGCCGGGAGUGCUGCUUGGAGUAUUUCAGGGGCUCCAUCCCACUGAGGAAGCUGGUGUCGUGGUAUAAGACCUCUACUGAGUGUCCCAAGAAAGCCAUCGUAUUUGUGACAGCCCAGGAGAAGUUAAUCUGCUCAGACCCCACGAAUGGGCAUGUGAAGAAGGCCAUCCGAUAUCUGUCCAAGACCACCCUAGCACGCAACUCCAGAGACCCCAAGCCCUGA